UGCAAUCCAAAACAUACCCUUUAAUUUUUCACUUGGGUCUGUUCUCUCGUGCAUUAUCUUCUCUCCUCAAGCCUCUCCAGAAUGGGAAGUACUGAUGGGACCAAUUAUGCCGCAUACACCUAUGAGAACCUUGAAAGGGAACUUUACUGGCCAUCUGAAAAAAUCAGAAUUUCCAUCACUGGAGCAGGUGGUUUCAUUGCCUCCCACAUUGCUCGUCGUCUGAAGAGUGAGGGCCAUUACAUCAUCGCUUCUGACUGGAAGAAGAAUGAGCAUAUGACAGAAGAAAUGUUCUGUCAUGAAUUCCAUCUUGUUGAUCUUCGGGUCAUGGACAAUUGCUUGAAGGUUACCAAUGGUGUUGACCACGUUUUUAACCUUGCUGCUGAUAUGGGUGGUAUGGGCUUCAUUCAAUCUAACCACUCCGUCAUCAUGUACAACAACACAAUGAUCAGUUUCAACAUGCUUGAGGCUGCCAGGAUCAGUGGAGUUAAGAGGUUUUUCUAUGCCUCUAGUGCUUGUAUCUAUCCUGAAUUUAAGCAGUUGGAUACUAAUGUAAGCUUGAAGGAAUCUGAUGCAUGGCCUGCAGAGCCUCAAGAUGCAUAUGGUUUGGAGAAGCUUGCAACAGAGGAGUUGUGCAAGCACUAUACAAAAGACUUUGGCAUUGAGUGUCGAAUUGGAAGAUUCCAUAACAUCUAUGGUCCUUUUGGAACUUGGAAAGGUGGUAGGGAGAAGGCUCCGGCUGCUUUUUGUAGAAAAGCUAUUACUUCCACUGAUAAGUUUGAGAUGUGGGGAGAUGGUCUUCAGACCCGAUCUUUUACCUUCAUUGAUGAAUGUGUAGAAGGAGUUCUCAGAUUGACAAAGUCAGACUUCCGUGAGCCUGUGAACAUUGGAAGCGAUGAGAUGGUUAGCAUGAAUGAGAUGGCUGAGAUUGUGCUCAGCUUUGAGAACAAAAAGCUUCCUAUCCAUCACAUCCCUGGCCCAGAAGGUGUCCGUGGUCGUAAUUCAGACAAUAGACUGAUCAAGGAGAAACUUGGUUGGGCUCCUACAAUGAAGUUGAAGGAUGGGCUGAGGAUUACAUACUUCUGGAUCAAGGAUCAAAUUGAGAAAGAGAAGGCUCAAGGUAUUGACUUGUCAGUUUAUGGGUCAUCCAAGGUGGUGGGAACUCAAGCACCGGUUCAGUUAGGAUCACUUCGUGCUGCUGAUGGCAAAGAAUGAAGAAAUGGUUUUAAACCACAAAUCUCAUUUUUAUAGUUUGUUUCGAAGCCGAGUUUUAUUAUGGUAUGGCUACGUUAAUGCCCUAGAUGCAAAUUCGUCAACCAGUAUCAUGUUGUCUAAUGUUCUGGUAUUUAGUUUCUCCCACAUUUGAUGCGUUGUAAGGUGAGCAUUUAUGCUUCCAUUCCAUUCUAUUAAUACGAGUAGCUUCGCAGUUGAUCUGCAGCUAGCUCUAAGUUGAUAUUUGUAGUUCCUGAAUAAUAAUAAAAAUUUUAUUUUCAA